AUGACGCUCGCGUCCGCGCGCGCGUCGACGUCGCGCCCCGCCGGCGCGCGCGCGCGCGGACGAUGUCGCCCCGCGCGCGCGUCCGGCGAGGACCACGGGCGCGUCCCGCGAGGUCCGGCGGUGCACGCGCGGGGAUCGGCGAAACGCUUGGACGCCGUGGACGCGUCGAGGUGUUUUCGGCUCGGCCUGUUCGCGGACGCGCAGUACGCGAACAGGGACGACGAGACGAGAGACGAUGGGUCGGGACGGGUGAAAUACUUUCGAGCGGCGGAGGGGCGAUUGCGGGACGCGGUGGCGGCGUUCGAACGCGAGGCGUCGAGCCUGAGCGGGGUGGUGAAUUUGGGAGACUUGUACGACGGAUACAACGAGGACGAUAAGACGAAACGACCGGUGUUGAGAGGGGUAAUGAGCGCGGCGACGCUGGAGCGGAAUAGACAUGAUCUUGGGAAAGUGGCGAGCAUUUUGAACGCAUCGAACCUGCGGUUCCAUCACUGCUUGGGAAACCACGACCUCUCGGUGUCGCGCGACGAAUUUCUACGCGCCGUAAACGCCGAGCGCGGCGCGUACUACAGCGAACGGUUACCGCGACGAUGGCUUUUGAUUGUACUCGAUACGACGGAUUUGAAUCCGAGAUACAUCGCGGAGGACACUCCAGAGUACCAGUCGGCGUUGGAUUUCGCUACGGAGGCAUACGCCUCUGGGCGAGAAGACAUCGCGCCGUGGUCCGGAGGAAUCGGUCCCAUCCAACUGGCUUGGUUCGAUAACGAACUCAAGCGGGCGAAGGAGAGGGGUGAGCGCGUGAUUGUGGCGAGUCACAACGCUCUGCAAGCGAACGCUGCGAGGCCUCAAAUGUCCGCUUGGAACGCGGACCAAGUCUCAAAGAUUAUCGAAGACUCCGGGUGCGUGAAGAUUUGCCUCGCGGGACACGAUCAUCCUGGAAUGUAUAAUUAUAGACAUGGUGUACAUUACGUUACGUUAGAGGCGAUGUUGGAGGCAAAACCAGCACAAAAGACGUCGUACGCGUUUCUAGACGUAUUUGAGCACGAAGCGGUGCUGACUGGCGUCGGCGCCGCGAGUUCGAGGCGCAUGCGAGUCUCUCCGCUGGGCGUGUUCACAGGAAUCGCAACGUUCGGCGCGGCAACAAUCGGGGAGUUAGCGACGUCGGGGACGUCCGGGAGGGCGGAAACCUCGUCAUUGGGACUUUUGGAUUGGAUCAACACGUACGGGCGUGACUACGAGGGCUGA